AUGGAUUCCUUAUAUGCUAAAGGAAGUAUCAAUGCUGAUAGAAUGCUAACAAAUCUAGAUGAUUCGGAGCUUUUAAAGAUUGCUUCAGAAGCACUUAAUAAUUUUGUAAAUAUCAAUUUUAUUGGAUAUUUCGGCGAAAAUUCGUUAGUCAGUAAUUAUUGUGAUGAUUUAUUCAACGAAGCUGUUAAUGCAUUGUCUUUUGAUGGCAAAUAUUUUCUUAUAAAAUCUGCAAAAUGCAUCGCUUUAAUUUAUUUGGCAAAAUGUGUUCUUAUCGAUCGUGAUAAUCAAAUUGAUGACUCCUUUGAAAAAAUUUUUUGGACUUCUCGCCUUGUUCAGUUAUGGCAAUGUCUUCUCGAUGAGCCGGCGAAAGAACUUAAAAUAAUCGGAGAUGCUCAGGAAGCAAAAGCGGAUUCACUUAGUGUUGAUGCACUUUUAUUAACAGAGUUUAUGUUGGAACGAAUGUAUGUAAACUUAAGCUAUUUCGAGUACGACAAAGCUUUAAGUUGUUUAAAUAAAUCUCAAGAGCUGCUGAAAAUUGAUAUUGAAUUGUCAGGCGCUCUUGGUAAGCGGACAAAGUUUCAAGAACAUGAUAUCGCUCAGCUUGAUGUGAAGGUCGAUUUAAAAUCGGAUAUUUUGAGCAUCGAGCAGGAACAACUGGGGAUUGAACCUGAUACUUUCGUAGAUUCGCUGAAAAAUGUUUGUUUAAACGACGAUUCGUUACUUGAAACAGUUCAUUUCACUCAAUAUCGAAAUAAUGAAACUUCUCUUUCAUCUUUCAGCGCUGCAUUUGUUCUUGCAAAAUCUGCUUAUACUUAUAGCGCAGAGCACAGAGAUGAAUUGACGAUCGAACGAUGCAUGGCUUUUGUUGAAAAGGUUAUAUCAACUCAUAUCUGCAAUGUGGUUCGAUUUUGUGCGUUGGUACAGAGAAGUAAACUGGAAAGGCAUAGACGUAAGCGAGUUGAACGAGCAUGUUGUCAAAUGGAGAAGCUAAUUAAAAUUAUUGAACAUAUCGAUGAGAAAGGAAAAAUACGGGCACCUUUUGGACGAUCUCUGCGAUUAAUGUUGGCUAGUGGAAUGCUGCCAAUUUGGAAAAUGAAAUCGUUGCAUGCACAAUUGCUGUACUCAUUAGGAUGUAUAUCAGUGAGCUAUAAUUAUGUUUAUUGGAUAAAAUUUAAGGAAGCACUUCAUAUCUAUGAAUCAUUGGAAGAUUGGGAUGAAGUCAUCAAUUGUUAUAAAGCGUUAAACCAAUUGGAAAAGGCUGAAAUUCUCAUCCGGCGGCUCAUCGAUGAGAACCCAAAAUGUGCCAAAUAUUACUGCCUUCUUGGCGAUGUCACUUCGACACCGAAUUAUUAUAAAAAGGCUAUUGAAAUUUCCAAUGGAAGUUCAGCUCGUGCUUAUCGAUCUUUGGGCGAAUUGAUGUUAAAUUGGAAGAAAUAUGAAAGUGCAGUUGUUGACUAUGAAAAAAGUCUUCAAUUACAGCCCCUUCAAUUAAAAGCUUGGUAUAAUCUUGGAUUUUGCUACUGGAAGUUAGAACGAUAUCAAGAAGCUGCAAAUGCUUUUCAACGAUGUGUUCAUUUAGAGCCUGAGCACUUUGAAGCUUGGAACAAUUUAUCAGCGGCUUAUAUAAAAAUGAAUCAGAAACCACGCGCUCUGAAAUUUAUACAGGAAGCAAUAAAGUUUAAUUACGAUCAUCCGCCGAUGUGGGAGACGUGUUUACUAUUGAGUAUUGAUACAGGUGAAUUCACUUUGGCAAUCAAGGCUAUGCAUCGUUUAUUAGAUAUGAAAAAGAAAUAUAAAGAUGAUGAAGUUAUUGAAAUACUGGCGAAACAAAUUGCAGCAUUUCCACAAGAUGAAAAAGAGACGCAAUGCUUGAAGGCUGAAAUGUGUAAACUUUUAGGCCGUCUAACAUCAAAUCAAACAUGUUCAGCAAAGGAUCUGGAUAAAAGCGAUCUCUUAUGCAUUGACUGUGCAGAUAUAACUUUACGAUUUGUUGAUGCAUUCAACCAACUUGCUAAUUUAAAAUUUUCGGAGCAAAGCCGAACGAAAAGUCAUAAUCGUAUGGUUUUACGUCAGGUGAUUUCCUUAGUCGAAAAAGCUUUUGGUGUCGACGCCCAAAACUCGCAGAAUAACGAUUUGAAGUUGCGUUUGUCGGAACUUAAGCGUUAUUUAUCUGUUUGUUUUUAA